AUGUCUCUUGCCUCGCUUGAGGAGAUGAAGCCGUCUCUCCCUUCGCCUAAGCAGGAGGACGAGGAGCGCGGCGUCAUGCGGGAGGAAGUGGUGUAUGAUGAUGCGAAAGAACUUGAGGACUGGAACGAGUCCCGCGGAAGGUCACGAGCGGCAGAGAAGGGCAAGGCGGCCGCGGUUGACCUUGACGAGCACGAGGUCAAACCGCAAGCUUUCAAGCGAGAGGCUACAGCGAUCCCCGCCAACCGAGUCCCCAACGACAUCACCUUCCUCACGCCCGUCCCGACCCCCAUUGGCGGAUCCUCCUCCGCUUCUCUUCCCUUCGCCAGCACAUCAUCCGCCAUCUUUCCCUUCGAACGCCCCGUCUCUCCUUCUCCUUCCCGAGCUCCGCUUGCGCCCAGCCGCCCUCCAGCUCCGACUAGUCCUUCACGACACGCCCCGCGUGUUCCUCUUCCGCUCGACCGCUUGAUCCCAGCCGGUACGAUCCUCCUCAGAGAUCACCAGCUUGUAUCGAACGAUCUGGACGUCGCCGAAGACGGAUGGCUCGCGUUUGCGCGGGACAGCGUUCAGCCUGCCUCGCGAGCAGCUGAGCCAGCCGACGAAGCCCAACCCGUCCAACCUCCUGCGGCCCGGCGAAAGUCGCCUACCAAAGCGCGAGCCGGGCAGAAGAGGCGGGCUUCGAUUUUGGCAGGUCAGCCGGCGAGGAAGAAGGCGAAGAUUGGGGGGACUGCCGUGAUUGACUCGCUGGCGAGCAUGUCAGCCGCCCUGGCAUGUACUUGCACGAUGCAUGUCUCAAGUGCGGAUGUCGUCGUCCGCAUUUACCUCGUCCCGCAGGAUCUGCCGGAGCUGCGCGAUCUUGCUUAUUCGCGUGGUAAGACGAAGCGGCCUGCCGGAGUGACGGUCCUGAAUGUCUUGCAAGCAGUGCGGGUCAGUGAGGAAGAAUGGAUGGGGGUUCCGCAGGAGGGCGACGUGCCGAGCCUGAUGGAGGAGGAGGACCGGCGAUCGCUGCUGGAGGUGUACCGCGACAUCGAGUCUCCCGCUCACGACGAGUCCUUCCUCGGACAAGUUGAUGCGCCAGACGACGUCAAGUCCCGCCUCGCCUGGUCUCUGACAGAAAACCCCUCCGGCAUCACCACCACCCUCUUCCCCUACCAACGCGCCACGCUCGCCAAGAUGCUCACGCGAGAGCUUGCGCCGCAAGACGUCCCUCACCCAGCUUUUAUCGCGCGAUCGACUAGCCUCGGUACCGAACGACGCGACUUCUGGGUUUCGGUAGACGGAUCCGUCCGUCGCAAGCCGACUGUCGUUCGCGAGCCGCAAGGUGGGAUCCUCGCCGAAGACAUGGGCGUCGGCAAGACGCUCAUCAUCCUCUCGCUCGUCAUGUCGACGCUCAGCGAGCUUCCCUCCGUCGACGGCUUCUCGAGCUACCUCGACAGCUCGCAACCUUCGCCUUCGCCCGUCCUCCUCACCGCGCUCUCGAGGGACUACCCCUUCAAGGCCGAAAUCGAGGAACAGAAGAAGCUCAAGCCUCGCACGCUCCAGCUACUCCCCGGCGUUGAACUCGACGUUCGGGAACAGCUCGACUACGAAGCGGCUCUCGCCGCACAGGAGGCGGAGGACGCGAGGAUUCCCGACCUACCCUUCCCCUCGCUACGCUCCCUCGCCGCGCACAUCGUCAAGACUUCGGCGCACCCGAACCGCUACCCGCAUUUCGGCGAAAUCGAAGACCAACAUCCCCUGCCCGAAGCCCUCUUCAACCUCCUCCACGAUUCGCCUCCUUACUACCGCCUCUACCCCAGCCUCGCUCAGCAGAACAGCCGCGAAGGACGAAGGGGCAAUCUCAAGCCGCAGCAGAUCUUCGUAGCGGCCACGACUCUCGUCGUCGUCCCGACCGACCUCGUCCGACAAUGGCGCGAGCAGAUCAAGGAGCACGUCGUGCCAAAGGCUCUCCGCUACAUUGUCUUGCGGACUGCCAAGGACAAGUUCCCGACGGCCGCCGCGAUGGCGCAGCAGGACCUCAUCCUGAUGAGCGUCAAGAGGUUCAGUGAUGCAGCAGACGCCGAGGAGACGGCUCUGCGGCAUGUGCAUUGGAAGCGGCUCGUCAUCGACGAAGGGCACGUCUUGGCGAACGGUACGAGGAUGCGCAAGCUGGCAGAGGAGCUCCGCUGCGAGUCGCGUUGGGCCGUCUCGGGCACGCCCUCGACGAAUCUCCGCGUCGUGCAGGAGGAGGAGGAGGUCGCCUUGUUCACCUCGCCGUCCGCUGCAGGCGGCGACCGCACCGACAUUGACCGCCUCGGCCAGCUUUUCUCCCGCUUCAACCAGCACGACGCCUUCCCGAAGCACGACUCGCUCCGCAAGCUCUGCCAGACGCACGUCUAUGGCGGCGGUGAGCGAGCUGCUCGACUUGCGGCAGUCUUCGACCGCUCCGUCGUUCGCCAUCACCCGAAGUACAUCAAGGACUCGUUCAAAUUGCCCAAGCUCUCCAAGCGGAUCGUGCAAAUCCCGCUUGAGGAGGCUGAGCGCCGCGUCUACAACGUUCUCAUCGCCUUCUUCGCCUCGAACGCCAUCACUUCGCAGCGUGUGGACGUCGACUACCUCUUCCACCCUUCCAAGCGCGCCCAUCUCGAGCAGCUCAUGGACAACUUGUCGACCUCGACGACGUUCUUCGGUUCCUACGAGUUUGUGGUCUUGGUCCACGAGGCGCGCAACUUUGCCAAGAAGAUGCUCGACAGUCCGAAGAGCGAUGCAUGGACGGAGGAGGAGCGUGCCAUGGAGCGCAAAGUGCUCGAAGUCUUCCAGGAGGCGCUGGAUGAUCCUGAGACCAUCUUGACGGCCGGCACGCCAUCCGUCGCAUUUGAGGUGACUGGUCUCGAUGACGAGCUCGUGGCAACGUUCCGAGGUCUCAAGGCCAUCAACAACCCUCGGGGUCGCACUCUUGUCCCGCUGCCCGAGCUCGUCCGAAUGCGCGUCGACUUGGACGAGCUCCGGCGAGUCGAUGUGAAGGCGUGGGAGGACGACGAGGAGCUUGUGGAGGAGCUGAUCACGUUCGAGGAGAAGAGGAAGAGGCUGGAUGCUGCGCCUAAGCCGAAGAAGAAGGAGAAGGAUCAGCAGCAGGCGAAUCCUGAGGAGGAGGAGCCGCCGCUCUUCAAGAAGCGCUCGAAGAACGACCAGACUCCGCUCGCCCCCUUCCCUGCCGACUCCAUCUUCCGCAACAUUGGCCUCGUCCGCACGACCUCGUCGAAGAUCAACCACAUCAUCCGCGAGAUGCGCGAGCAUCCUGACGACAAGUUCAUCAUCUUCUCAUCGUCGAACGUCGACAUCGUCUUCGCCAACUUGUCUGAAGCGCUCGACAUUCUCGGCAUCCGUCAUCUUGUCUUUGCCGGUUCUCACGCUCGUUCGGGCGAUCGCGGUGAGAAGGCACAGCGCUUCAAUUCGACUACGGCUCGCGAGUGUCAGGCUAUCCUCGUCGACGCCAAGCUUGGAGGACGCGGCUUCGGUCUCACCGCAGCUUGCCGCAUCAUCGCCGUUGAGCCUAUCUGGAAACCGGAUCUCGAGGUCCAGGCGGAGAAGCGUGCGCAUCGUCUCGGCCAGACCAAGCCUGUCGACAUGCAGAUCCUCGUCGUCGCAAGCAGCUUCGAGGAUGCCAUGCUUAGCCGUCGAGCGCAAGUCGCUCCCGCAGACUUUGGCAAAAAGGUCAAGGCGCCUCAGCAGGACGACCAGCUCCGUAGCCUGCUCCAGCGCGCUAAAUACCUCGAGCCAGACGAGAAGGCGCGCGACGGCGGCAUUGUGUCAGCAGCACUCGACCCGCCCAUUAUCUUCGGGUCUUCUUCCUUUCAGUCGGACUAA